AUGGUACUCCAUGAACUUGAGAAUAGAGUAAACAAAUCUAUUGCUGAAAUAUUUCAUUUUGUGGCUGGUAAUUCAACAGGCUCUAUUAUUGCUUUGGGGCUCACAGUGUCAGAAAGAGACAAUAAGUCUAAGCCAAAGUUCAAGCCUAAAGAUCUGGUUGAACUUUAUGAAAAAAAAAGAUAUGAGAUUUUUGAACGUACCUUUUUGUCACACAUUCCGCAUAUAAACUUUCUUACAGAUCUUUUUAAAGAUAAAUAUGGUGUUGAUAAGUUUGAAAAAUUAUUAUAUGAUAAGUUUUCAUAUGAAGAUCCAUCUAACAAAAAUACAAAAGUUCCAUGCAAAUUUAGAGAUAUUGUGAAUAAUGUAAAUGUUCUAAUUCCAUCUUAUAAUAUAACUACGAAAGAAGAAGUUUUUUUCAACAACUUUUUAAAACAUGAUUCUCCUGAUUAUACUGAUUAUGCUAUAGCUGAUGUUGUUCGUGCUAGUACUGCAGCACCUACUUAUUUUCCAGCCAAACAAAUAAUAGAGAAUAAAAGGCCUAAUAAUUAUAUAGAUGGAGGUAUUUUUAUGAAUAAUCCAGUUUUCGAAAUUUAUCUUAAGGCAAAACAAGAUGAACACGAUGCAAAUGUAGAAUAUGUAGUAUGUUCUCUAGGAACGGGAAUUUUUAAAGGGGAAACGUUCAAUUCACUGGCUGAUAAAGGAGAGCUUAAGUGGGCAGCACCACUCGUUUCACUUAUGAUGGAUGCAUCAUGUGAACUUGCUGAAAAUAAUUUUAAGGAAUUUGUAAACCCAACUCAUAAUAAUAAAGCAAAAAUCAUAAAAGAUGCUGAUUAUUAUCGAAUUCAAGCUACGUUAAAGAAAGAAAUUCCUUUAGAUGCUGUAGAUGAUCAGUCGAUCGAAUAUCUCAAAGAAGCUGCUAAAGAAGCCAUUGGCGGAAAACAUUUUGAUGACUUAGUCAAUAAAAUUAAGAAAUAUAAGCCUUGGGAGCAAAGCUCAUGA